CUGCAAGUUAUGAUGCAUAUUUAAGGGAGUAGGAAAAAAAAGCAAUAUAAUGAAGUCAUUCAAAAGUUCUCUGUUUGUUUGCAGUGACUCUCAUGAAAACCAUUGGGAAUGGACCAGACAUGACGCAGAUAUGCACCAAUGACACUCAAGAUUUCAUCGUAUUUGUAUUUUGUAAAAUCAGAACAGAGGGAAGAAGAGGAGAAGAAUGUCGUCUGUCAUAUCAACAUAAAAGUGGCUUUGAGCACAAUUGUAGCUCAGGAUUCACACUAAUGAUGGAGAAUCACACUGUAUUUCUCCAUGUGACGAGUUUAACCCCAGAGGAUGGUGGGAACCACACCUGUGAGUGUUCACGUGCUGAUGGAACGUACUUUGUGCACCUGAAUAUGACUGUGGAAGAUUCAGACACAGACAAUAGCAGCAGUUUCAAACAAAUUCCCCUAUUUGCUUUGCUGAGUCCGACUGUAUUCAUCUUACUAACAGCCGUCGUCCUCGGGAUAAUCUACAGGAGGAUACGGAACAGAAAGCUACCAGAGCCCCUACACAGCAGUCUUCCUGACAUGGAGCCAGGUGACAUUGAGCCCUACAGCACGUAUAUCCAGAGAGACUGUGGGCUUUACUCCACCGUCACACUGCCCAACUGUAACACCAACAACUCAAACAUCUUCACCGGAGAGGAGAAGCAUGCAGCAAAGAUUUUGUAACCAAGAUUUUAUCUGGUCAUAAUGUCUCAUAACAUGGAGCAGGUGAAGUAAGGCUGACUGUCCAGGAGAUGGCACUGUCCUGCUUUGUGACCACUUUCUGUUUUCAGUGUCUCUUAUCUGUCACUGUCACAGCAGGUGUCUUCAGAGUGCAGUGAGAGACUUGUUGUAAUUUGAAUGUAGAGUCAAAAAAUCUAUCUGUGGAAUAAAAUAUGAACUCAUUUUUUAA